GAUGGGGCCCGGCUGGCUGGUGGGUGCGCUGCUGCUGCACGUGGGGGGCUCGCUGCCCGGCAAGAACUAUUCGUUGCCUUAUACAUGGCAGAACCCGGAGUGCAAAGACCCAGACUCUGAAUACUUUCAAGAAAACAUUAAUAAAUGUUGCAGCAAAUGCUCUCCAGGUUACCGUGUGCUUCACAGCUGCAGUAGCAGUGCUGACACAGAAUGUACACCGUGCGAUGAAAACACGUAUACAGCACUCUGGAACAGAGCUCGGCGCUGUCUUGGCUGCUCAUCCUCCUGCAAUACCGGAUUAAUGCAGACUCAAGAAUGCACAAGGACCCAUGACAGAAUCUGCAGCUGCCCAGCUAACACCUACUGUGCUUCAAAACAAAGUCACGGUCGCUGCCUGCUUUGUAAAGCACACAAGAUAUGUAGAAAAGGCUAUGGUGUUUCCAAACCAGGAACGAACGUUACGAAUACAGAGUGUUUCCCCUGCCCUCCCGGGACUUUUUCAGAUGAAGAAUCCUCAACUGCCUCCUGCAAACGGCACAGAGUCUGUCAGUCAGUGUCUGUUGCAGGAAGCAACACAAGUGACACAGUCUGCAGUGACUCCGAGGUAGAUGUUGCUGUCAUAGCCACAUCUCCUCACACUACCACACGCAGCACUGGCCCGCCUAUAGCAGCAAGCUCCAUAAAAACCGAGGCCGUCCAGCAACGCCUUUCUCCUGAUGUGUCUCAGACCAUUGGUAUAAUAGUAGGACUGACGUCUCUAGUACUCAUCGUAGUUGCAGGGUUUGCCUGUUGCAUUGUUUCUAGAAAAAGAGCUCUGGAUUUGCCCUUCUUGUGUCCUCAGAAGCAGCCUGACAAAAGGCCACGAGAUACAGGAGCACAGAGUGCCAGUGGUCCUAAGCAGGAGGAGCAGCAUCUUUUAGAAACUCCUGGGUCAAGCAGCAGCUCUUUGGACAACACAGCUUCAGGAAUCAGUAUAAUAAAUAUUACGAACACAGAAAAGAAAGAAACCGAGAGAACUCAGCAGAGACAUAUGACCUCAGAAGGUUGUAAUCAUCACAGUGGAGCCAGACCCGGCUCUGCAAGCUCAGAGCAUUCUGCUAGUGGAGGAACGCAGGUGAACGUAACUUGUAUUGUUAACUUGUGUAAUUCAAACCACAGUCCACAAUUUGCAGAGCCGACCACUUCAGCCACCACGGGUUGUGAAAAUGUUCCCUACUGCACUCCAACAGAGGAAGAAAUUCCCCUUUCUAAAGAAGAAAACCCUUUGAAAAGAGAAUCUGAAAUUCAAAUCUCAGUGGAAGCUGCAGAUAGUUUACCUCCAACCUUACCGUUUCCAGAAGUAAAGCCAUUUCCUCUGAGUGUUCAAGAUGCAGGGAUGAAAAAUAGCUAAAGAAGAUGACAGAUCAGAUAUUGAUCAAUAAAACUCUAAGCAGCUUCUGUUCUGCUAAAAUAAACAAUGUGUUAAGAAUAGCGUUCUUAUGGAGACUUAAAAUCUAAAAUGUAUAAAGAUAUGGAGGGAUGUAGAGCCUUUUAAAAAUGUUUUAGCUUUCUGAUAUGUAAUGGCUUUAAAAGUUGAAGGAAGAACUGUGCAGAAGUCAGUGUUAUUUUUAAAAGCAUUCUUUUUCUUUUCAAUUUAGUAGUUUGUUUAUCCAUCAAAUUGUCACGUGUAAGCUUCCUUCUGUCGACUUUACCACGUGUCUUGAUCCUGGCCUAGAGGGAUCUCCUCUGCAGCUGGAAAGGAAGUGUGUUCAGUCUUUGUGCUUGUUCAGUCAUUGACCUAUCUGUUGAGUCUGCCUCCAGGAUGCCAUUUAGGGAUAAUGAUGGGAUUUUUCAUUCACGCAUCCCAUUGGCUAAGAACAGGACUAAGACCAGCAUUCCAUGAGAAAUGAGUUGGUGACCAGCUAUCCAAUGCUGUUGAUUUAGUCAGAUGUUUUUAUGGCAUCAGAUUAUACCAUUUCCCAUCUGAUCUACCCACCUCUCAAAAUAUUCACUUUUUUUUGUAAGGGAUGUAUGCUUCAGAUCUUUCCUUCUGUCCUUGAUACUUUUUGCUGCUGUUUUCUCUUUCUCUCUCAUACGGUGGAGGCAUAUCUGUUCUCUAAGAUUUAUGUGUAUUGGAGGGUAAAAAUCUUCCACAUGAGCUUUUAUACUAGACUACAACUAUUCUAUUCAACAAUAGCAGAAAUGCACUUAUUUUUGUGUCAGCUGUACAUAUUGAAUAUAUUUUUUAAAAAAAGAAAAUAUGUAUUAUGUAGAACUUGUAACAUCAAAGUAGGUAAUUGUCAAUCUAAGGGCUGUCAUGUUUGUGCCAUGGUUGAUUUCAUGCUGUUAGCUGGCUGACUCUUGAGGCCUGUCAGAGAGAAUGGUGUGUGCCAAAUAUUUUCCUCUACAUUUCAGUUAAUAAUGGUGAAGACCCAGGCAAAUACGUAUUUCAUACAACUCAUCCUGGUUGACCCCAGGAAACGGUGAAAGGCUGAAUGGAACCUCAGAACCACAAGUUCAGCUGUUUGUGAUUAUGUCGUCCUCUAGUAGCUGAUCUGCAAGGAGAUUGUACUCCCUACUGACAACUAA